AUGGAAUGCCUACACAAAAAAAUUACUAAAAAUAAUUUAUUUACGUCGCAGCAAUUUACUACCAUGGUUUAUACAAAUCCGAACACAGGCAACAAGCCUACCAUUGCUCCAAAACCUAUUUCAGAAAAUGUACCUACCAAUAAUUCACCUGCAUCAGCAAACCCACCAAAUGAAAUGUCUACACAAACAAAUACUAAAAUAAUUUGUCUACUUCGCAGGGAACUCUGGAUCCUUUACCUCAUUCCAGCACAACAUUCACUUCGGCAACUUCCGCCACAAAAUCAAUUACUUCUUCAAAUGCUAAUUCAUUUCUGCUUAUCGAUACGAUUUUUGAAAGGACAAUAA